AUGGACAACUCUGAACAAUUGGCACAGACAGACUUAGAAUGGGCGGUCGGAGUAAAUCGGAUCUCCCUGAAGAUCCUCGGUCUCUGGCCCGACGAUAAGCUGACUCGUCGGCAGAAUUUCUUCGCAGAUGCUCGGGCCCUCUCUAUUUUCACCCUGAUGAUGUUCGCGGCGAUCGUGCCGCAGAUGUUCGCCAUGUUUCAUGUCUGGGGCGACUUAAUAGCCUUCACCGACAACCUGCAGAUCUCCGUGCCCUUCUCAGUGACUGUCAUGAAAUUCUUCAUCAUGUGGAUCCGCAAAGAAGAACUCAAGCCGCUCGUGAACAUGAUCGUGAACGAUUGGUUCAAGAAGAAAACGACGAUGGAACGGAAGAUGAUGAUAAAGCAGGCGAGAAUCGCCCGUACGAUCGUUAUACUCGGCGGUAGCAUGAUGACUUUGGCGAGUAUCAUUCUCAUCAUACCGCCGUGCUUCGGCUAUUCAAUGAGAUACCUAACAAACGUCACGGACUCGGGCAGGCCGCUGCUGCUGCAAUCGUAUUUCCUUCACGAAAUAGACACCCCGUUCUUCGAGAUCGUGUUCAUCGGCCAGGCCUUGUCGAUCUCGUUCGCAGCGAUCUCUUACACGGGCAUCGACAAUUUCCUGGGCCUGGUUGUGUUUCACAUAUGCGCCCAGCUGGAUCUCCUCAAGUACCGUUUGCUCAAUUUGCACAACUUCACCGAUUUCAACGCCGGGUUAUCCUAUAACGUCAAGGAUCACCUACGUCUUAUCAGAUCCGUCGAUGUCAUCGACAACACAUUCAACUUGAUGCUCCUGGCGCUGUUAAUGUUUUUCGGCGUGUUAUUUUGCAUGCAAGGAUUUCUGAUAAUUAGCAUCAUCGACGGGGAAGGCGGGGACGUUAGCGUUACGCGAAUAUGUUGGCUCGUUUCGAUACUUAUUAAUACGUUCGCUCACAUGUGCCUGUACUGCGUAGUCGGCGAGAUCCUUAUAGCCAAAUGCGAAGGAGUGUAUUAUGCGACGUACGGUUAUUCCUGGUACUCGCUGAAGCCGAAGCAAGCCAGAAGCAUGAUGAUGAUGAUGAUACGCGCCGAGAAGCCUCUUUACAUUACCGCCGGCAGGAUAUUCCCCAUGACAAUGUCGUUAUUUUGUAGCUUGAUAAAGACAUCGGCCGGAUACAUAUCCGUAUUGCUCACUAAUCGUUAAUUCUCCGAUAUCAGCUGAAAAUUCGUAUACAACGGGUAUAUAUGAUACACAUCGCAACGGGGAAUAAUGAAUGAAUUGUUUAAACGAGCAACACGUAAUUGUAUCCAUAUUCAUUUUACGUUGAAUGAUGGCCUACAGAGCAAUUGCUUGAA